GCCUUGUUCGCUGGGCUCGAAAUAUCCCCACACAAAUAUUCAUAUCCUCGUCGAUUACCCCUCAAAAUCGAAUGCGCGAAUUAGGAAAUAUUUUCUAAGAGGAAUUAAUGCAAGAAAAUAACAUUAAUGGACACGCUGGAAAACAGCGAAGAAAGCAGCAGAAGUAGGCGGCAAUUACGGAAACCAAAAUGUGCUCGUUGCAAAAACCAUGGUGUUGUUUCUUGCCUGAAAGGACAUAAGCGUCUAUGCCGUUGGAGGGAAUGUCGUUGUCGCAGUUGUCUCUUGGUGGUUGAGCGACAACGAAUUAUGGCAGCUCAGGUAGCCUUACGAAGAUAUGGCUCAUCAGGGAUGAAGAAUGACGUUAUGCAAAAUAAAGCCCAAUACGUACUGGAACAAAAGAAAAAGUAUCAAAGACAACUGAGAUUGUUAAAUAGAAGUGUUAUAUUUAGAGAAGCUGCUGGAAGACAGAACUACGAUGGAGUUACAUCCCCCUUCAUUCUUCCUAUUACCUGCGAUCGUUUACGGAAACGGAAGUGCUUUGCAGACAAAGAAUUGGAUGCCUUAUUGUCACCAUCUUAUUACUAUCAAAGAAUAUUUCCUUAUUCUGCAGAAGACAUUAUGCUCCCUAAUUUAUCCAUGUUGCAAAUUGAUGUGGAUAAAAGGCGAUCCAUUGAUUUUUAUGAAUCAAGAGACAUCAACUUUCUAAAGGGAUCAGGAAGUAUAUUUAAUCAUCUUAUUCCUAAAUUGACAGGAGCAGCAAUCGAAAAAUCUACUGAAGCAAGAAAGGAAGAAAAAUUGCCUUAUAAAGAAAAAAAUAUGAUUAAUAAGCAGAACUACAUAUCAUUUUCCGUAGAAUCUAUUAUAGGAAAAAAAUAAAUCCCAAUACAUGUUAUUGUGAUGGAGAAAAUUUUAUGCUUUUGUAAUGCAUAAAGUCUUAUUGUACAUUGUAAAAAUAUAAGUAUUUUGCAACAUAUUGUAAGAAACAAUUGAUGCUUUCAUUAUUAAA